CUUCUUCUUUCUUUGGUUCAGAGUUUAGACGUAGAAUUAGAUUACCUCAACGCUCAGAACAGCUCUGCUAAGUGGUUACCGUUUGUUCUGUCCCUUCCAUGGCUGAGACCAAGCACUACGUUCUCCCCUCUCAAUUGGAUAUUGAGCAAAUUAUUUUAGAAGCACAACAUCGAUGGCUACGUCCAGCUGAAAUUUGUGAAAUUCUCAGUAAUUAUAAGAAGUUUCAAAUUGAUUCAGAGCCUGCAUAUAUGCCACCAAGUGGUUCACUCUUCCUUUUCGAUCGGAAUGUGCUGAGAUACUUUAGAAAGGAUAGUCAUAAUUGGAGGAAGAAAAAGGAUGGAAAAACAGUGAGGGAAGCUCAUGAGAGACUUAAGUCUGGAAGUGUAGAUGUGCUGCACUGCUACUAUGCCCAUGGAGAAGAAAAUGAAAAUUUUCAAAGACGCACUUAUUGGAUGCUUGAAGAUGAACUCUCACACAUUGUUCUCGUCCAUUAUCGAGAAGUGAAGGCUUCUAGUUUUAGUUCUUUACGCAUAUCUGGAUGGCCUGUAGAUAGUGUAUAUGCAGGCUCAACAUGUGAGCUUAGUUGUAGCAACUGUGAACAGGAAGUUAAUGAAGUUGAUUUUCAAAAAUCUGAGGAUCAUUGUCUUCUACAUCCACAGAAACAAAACAAGGUUCUUAUGCAAAAUGAGCCUCAAGAAAAACUUUUGAAUGCAAAAGACAAGCUAAAAUUAGAUCUUGAGGCCAAUAGAACCCUGGAUGGAAUAGAAGACACAUGUUUCCCUUUUAAGAAGACUCUGUUAGAUGGAUUUCCAGCAGAAGAGGGUCUGACAAAGAUGGAUAGUUUCAAUCAAUGGAUGAGUAAAGAACUUGGAGAUGUAGAAGAAUCAAAUAAACCAUCCACUUCUGGUGCUUAUUGGGAUACAGUUGAAAGCGAAAAUGAGGUUGGCAGCACAACUAUUCCUUCCCAAGUGCAAAUGGACACGUAUUUACUGGAUCCGUCUAUUUCCCAUGAUCAGCUUUUUACUAUUAUUGACUAUUCUCCAAGCUGGACAUUUGAAGGGUCAGAAGUUAAGGUUAUCAUUUCGGGACGAUUCUUAAGAAGUCAACAUGAAGCAGAACAGUGUAAAUGGUCAUGCAUGUUUGGCGAGGUAGAAGUGCCAGCAGAGAUCAUUGCAAAUGGUGUUCUUUGUUGUCAUACUCCUCCACACAAGGCUGGGAGGGUGCCUUUCUAUGUAACUUGUUCCAAUAGGUUAGCAUGUAGUGAAGUGCGAGAAUUUGAUUUCCAAGUCAAAUAUACUCAAGAAGUCAACACUGCAGGAGAGAGAAGAGGCAGCAUUUUUGAUACUUUUAGCUUACGGUUUGGACAACUGUUGUCCCUGGAGCGUGCCUUUCCUCAGAAUUCAGAUUCAGUUAGUGUAAGUGAGAAAUCUCAAUUGAGAAGUAAAAUAAGUUUUUUGCUGAGAGAGGAGGAUAAUGAUUGGGACAAGCUACUGAAACUUACACUAGAGAAAGGUUUUUCUUCUGAAAAUUUACAGGAUCAGCUGCUUCAAAAUCUUCUGAAAGAUAGGUUACAUGAAUGGCUCCUCCAGAAAAUAACUGAAGAUGGGAAAGGCCCUAAUGUGUUAGAUGAGGGUGGCCAAGGUGUGCUUCACUUUGCAGCUGCUCUUGGCUAUGAUUGGGCCCUAGAACCCACAAUAGUUGCUGGCGUGAAUGUGAACUUUCGUGAUGUAAAUGGAUGGACUGCUCUUCAUUGGGCAGCAUUUUGUGGCAGGGAGCGCACAGUUGCUUUUCUCAUCUCUCUUGGUGCUUUACCUGGAGCACUGACUGAUCCAUGUCCAGAACAUACUUCUGGUAGAACACCAGCUGACCUAGCUUAUGUAAAUGGACACAAAGGAAUUGCAGGGUAUCUUGCAGAAUCCUUACUAAGUUCACACCUCUCAACCAUUGAUUUGAACCGGGAUGUGGGAGAAAAUUCUGGAGCAAAAGUAGUCCAAAGAAUCCAAAACACUCCUCAAUUUUAUGAUCAUGAGGCUCUGUCGUAUGAACUGUCACUGAAAGAUUCACUGGCUGCCGUGUGUAAUGCCACCCAAGCUGCUGCUCGUAUACAUCAAGUUUUCAGAAUGCAAUCAUUCCAGAGAAAACAACUGAAGGAAUAUGGUGAUGGCAAAUUUGGAAUGUCUGAUGAACAGGCUCUUUCACUCGUAACAAUGAAUCUGAAACCACACAAGUCUAGACCACAUGAUGAGGCUGUCCAUGCUGCUGCAAUUAGAAUUCAGAACAAAUUCUACAGUUGGAAGGGCAGAAAAGAAUUUUUGAUGAUUCGACAACAUAUAGUGAAAAUUCAGGCUCAUGUGAGAGGUCACCAGGUUAGAAAAAAUUAUGGUAAGAUAAUAUGGUCUGUUGGAAUAAUGGAGAAGAUUAUUCUAAGGUGGCGUCGAAAAGGCAGUGGUUUGCGUGGAUUUAAAUCGGAGGCCAUUUCUGAGGGAACUAUGAUCCAAGAUGUAUCUUCCAAGGAGGAUGACUAUGAUUUCUUAAAAGAAGGCAGGAAGCAAACAGAACAAAGGUUGCAGAAAGCCCUGGCUAGGGUGAAGUCAAUGGUUCAGUAUCAAGAGGCAAGAGACCAAUACCAUAGGCUGUUGAAUGAUGUAACUGAGAUCCAAGAAAAUCAGGUAUUUUACCCAUCUUUGUUUGAUUAAAAUAGAGAGAGAGGUUCUCACAUAUUAUACAACAGGAAAAAUGCUUCUCACUUAUGUGAUUGGACUAUUGUGCAUGUCUUUUGCAGGUAAAGCAUAAUAAGAGUUUUAACAAUUCAGAAGAAACAAGAGAAUUUGAUAACCUCGUUGAUCUUGAAGCAUUGUUGGACGAAGAUGUUUUCAUGCCUACAGCCACAUAGAUCUGUUCAUCAUUAAUUGUAUGGCUUAGAAUAUUACAGCAGAUUCAGGUGAUGAAUUGUCUCAUUUUGAUCAUUAAAUUAAUACUAAUUUUGAUUCUCUUGUACAACUGAAAUCAUUUGCUAACAUUUUACAGAGCAAUGCAUAACCAUUGAAACCAUUCUUAUAAUGCAAAAUAAACGUGCGUCCCCUAUCAACUGUUGUGUCAAUACAAAAGCUUUAAUGGAAUACUGAAACCAAAUUUUUAAUGCAUACUCUAAUAUUAAUAAGAACUUAGGUGUAUGCAUGGCUUGGAUUCAAUUCAGUUCAGCCAUCAACCUUUUCAGCCCAUUAUUUGCAACAUCCAGGAUUAUUCCUAGGUGAAAAAGCAAGAUAGUUGAGGCUUAACUUUUAGAAUGUAGCCAUUUGGACUAUUCGGUUGUCCAGUAGUGCAGUAAUUUUUUGAAAUGAUCCUUUGAGAAGUUUUUUGUUUUUCAUUUUUUCUCUUUAUUUUCUUCUAUUAUAUGUACUUAUCUUUAAGUUUAUUCAAAGUGAGUCUUUAUCCUUUUCUGGCUGUGGCUGGUGCAUGAAUCCUGUACAAUGCAUUAAGUGUGUUUCCAGAUAUACUAAGAAAUAUAUGGAUCCAAAGCAAAAGAAAAAGCGGUAGAUCUUAAUUUUGCUUACAAAAUAGAUGAAUGCAUGAAGUCUUUUUUUGUAUUAUAUUAUACAUUAUUAUUCAAUCACAAGUAUGACCUUAUACAAACAUCAAAAUAUUAUAAAU